UUACAAUUUUAAAAAAGCAAUGUAAUGAAUGCAGGGCGAUAAGACAUUUUCUUAAAGUGUAAAACUAGACUUUGUGGUUCCUUGUAAGAUUUGAUCAGUAAAACACAGGCUCAAAAUGUCUCCUUCUACUGCUAAAGGUGGUAGACCUCUGCACUAGAACAAACCUGAACAAGGUUCUGAUCCAAACCCAGAACUUUGGCUCCACCCUCACCUGUUUUUUGACGUGCCAGCUCACCACUUCAGUUUGGAGUAAAUUUAUUUUAGUUUUAAAUGUCUAAUUAAAAAAAGACAAAAUAAGAAAAGACAAAGAACAGACCAGUUUCCCCCCCUGUUCAUCUUCCUCUUUCAUGUUUGGAUGUUUGUAUCUUCAGAUGUAAAGAUCUUCUCUCAUAAACUGGUGGUUGUGUAGAGAAGGAGAGCGGCCGUGUGUGUUUAAGGAGAUGUGGGUCAGCUGACUGCAGCAGGAUGGAUGGAUGGAUGGACAGAUGGAUGCAGGUCUGUCUGUUAAUCAUUAAUAAAGUGGAUUAGCCGGUCUUCUGUAAAUAUGAAGAAUGCACACAGAGCUUCAUUAGCUCUGCCCUCUCCCAGCACGCCGUUAAGAGGCAGCCAGUCUCCUCCUUCCCAGCAGCUUCUGCUGCUCCUCCUGACAUGCUGCUGGUCCUCCUCGCCUCCUCCUGGACCGCUCACAUGGAUUCAUAGACCACCUCUGAGGAUCUGUUUGAGCUGAAUCUCAUCCGUGAACUGUGUUUAAGUUGGAGCCUGUGGCUUUGCCUCAGCGUCAUGCCGAUGAAGCGCAGCAGCAGCUCCGCCUCAGAAAACCUGUUUCUGCUUCACCCAUUCAGCAGAAGUUUGAGCAGCUCUCCAGAGGAAGCGUCCAUGGAUGUUAGCGGCCGGACGCCGUUUCACCGGGAGAACGAUUCUGGGAUCAAAUCAGAAGACAGCAAUGACACGCCGUCAUCCGAGGAGGAGCCGGACCUGACCUCCGACCUACGGCAGAACUUCAGCUCCGGCAGGAGGAGCGUCAGCCAGCUCAUCAAGAACAAGAAGAAGCAGAUGCAGCUCACUCUGCAGUGGCUGGAGGAGAACUACAUCGUGUGCGAGGGGGUGUGUCUUCCUCGGUGCAUCCUCUACGCCCACUACCUGGACUUCUGCCGGAAGGAGAAGCUGGAGCCAGCCUGUGCUGCCACCUUUGGAAAGACCAUCCGGCAGAAGUUCCCUCUCUUGACCACCAGGAGGCUGGGCACCAGAGGACACUCCAAGUACCACUACUACGGGAUUGGGAUUAAAGAGAGCAGCGCCUACUACCACUCGGUGUACUCUGGGAAAGGCCUGACCAGAUUUUCUGGUAGCAAACUGAAGAACGAGGGGGGGUUCACCAGGAAGUACUCCCUGAGCUCCAAAACGGGGACGCUGCUCCCGGACUUCCCCAGCGCCCAACACCUGGUUCUGCACGGCGGCGUCUCCAGAGAGAAGGUGGACACUCUGAUCAUGAUGUACAAAACGCACUGCCAGUGCAUCCUGGACAACGCCAUCAACGUCAACUUCGAGGAGAUCCAGAACUUCCUGCUGCACUUCUGGCAGGGAAUGCCCAACCACCUCCUGCCGCUGCUGCAGACGCCCGUCAUCGUCAACGUCUUCUGCGUCUGCGACUCCAUCCUCUACAAGGUUUUAAUGGACGUACUGAUUCCCGCCACCAUGCAGGAGAUGCCUGAGAGUCUUCUAGCAGACAUCCGGAGCUUUGCCAAACACUGGGAACACUGGCUAGCCUCGUCCCUGGAGAACCUCCCAGAAUGCCUUGCAGCGAAGAAGCUCCCCAUCGCACGCCGCUUUGUUUCUUCUUUGAAGAGGCAGACUUCCUUCCUCCAUCUCGCGCAGAUCGCCCGUCCGGCGCUCUUCGACCAGGCCGUGGUCACCAGCAUGGUGCAGGACAUCGACCAGGUGGACCUCAGCAGCAUCAGCUCGCAGCCGGUGCUCAGCAUGACGGCGCCCAGGAGCCUGGACUCAGACCUCUACUCUGAGUACGAUUCCAUCAGCAUCUUCCAGGAGCUGAAGGAGCUGCUGAGAAAAAACGCCACCGUGGAGUCGUUCAUCGAGUGGCUGGACUCUGUGGUGGAGCAGAAGGUCAUUAAGCCCGGGAAGCAGAGCGGUCGCUCCGUCAGGAAGCGGGCGCAGGACUUCCUCCUCAGGUGGAGCUUCUUUGGUGCCAGAGUGAUGCACAACCUGACGCUCAACAACGCCUCCAGCUUCGGUUCUUUCCAUCUGAUCCGGAUGCUGCUGGAUGAGUACAUCCUGCUGGCUCUGGAGACACAGUUCAACAACGAGAAGGAGGACGACCUCCAGAACCUGCUGGACAAAUGCAUGAAGAAUCCAGGUGCGAGAAAAGCGACUUAUGCCGCUUCACCCAGUUCCUGCUUUCUGGCUAAUCGCAGCAAGGGCCCCCCAGCCCCCGACCAAUCAGUGAAGAACGAAUCUGUGGGAGAAGCAACCCUAGCGACAAAUCAGCAGCAGAGCCUGGAGGUCAGAGGCGGAGUCUACGAGGGGGAAGAAGGUUUCACAGCUUCAGCCGGUCGGGAGGACUUUGCUCAGGUUGCUGGCCCCCUCAUGACCCCGCCCAUCUCCCCAGCAGCACUAAUGCACAGAGACUCUGUCAUCAACCAGGGACCCAUGGUGGGGGGGCCCUCCCCCUCCCUCCCACCCUCGUCCUCCAGCCUCCCCCCUUCCAGUGUGAUGACCCAGCCCAGCUCCUCGUACCCGGACGGCCUGUACCCCUGCCUGUCCCUGACCAGCGCCGGCUUCUGCCCCGCAGGGGGCGGGUCCUCUGCUCCGAACUACCACGCUGGUCUCAGGUCUCAGACGGAGAGUCUGGCUCCGGUCCAGCCUCUGAACCUGCCUCGGUACCCCCCCAUCAGUGGCCCCCACAUGAGCAAAAACAUGUUCUAUGGUCAUCACGCUGCUUCGACCAAUCACUCGUUUAGUUCCGUGCCACGGCCCGUCUCCAACUACAUCCCCAGUUCUGACUCAGCCCAGCCCAAUCCGGGUCUGGACCCGCAGAUCCUGGAGCCGGUGGAAGGCUUUGGAUUUGCAGGAGGGGAACUGAACCUGGUGGGGGUUGGGUGUCAGGGACAGCUGUACCCGGGUCACAGUGGUUACUAUGGCGAUGGCGGGUACGUGGACGGCCAUCGCGUGGACCAGCACGUUUCCGUCAUCAGCAGUGUCAGCAGUCUGCGCUCCUACUCCUUCUCCGAGGUUCACGACCCGCUCAACAUCCUGGACGAACCCGGGAAGAAACUGACGGGGAGCUUUUUCAGCCAGGCUGACCCCCGGGCAGAACACUCCCUGCCCCCGUCAGGAUCGGCCUCCUGCAUGUUCGGACUUUCCUCGCCGUUCUCCCAGGAUACUCUGCUGCCUCAGCAGUGCGUGGCCCCGCCCCCAGAGGUGCAGGACCUGGUGUCUGCUCUGCCCCCCAUCAACACUGUGUUCAUGGGGGCUGGGGGGGUACAGAGGUGAAGCUCUGCUGAUGCUAAAUAGGGUUAAUGUCAGAGUUCAACAACAGGAGCUCGGGAGGCCGUCAUGGACCAGAGGCAUGCUGGGAACACGAGUAAAAACAGGCGUGAAUGAAAGUGUUUCUUCUGUUUGGACAGAGCUGCUGAGGUUUGCUGCUGCAUGUUUCAUAUCCUGUUUGUAAA